GACAGCAGACGCGUUUUGGCGCCAAAAGCCAGCCCGUCUCACGCUCGCGCCACGCGACUUUAUAACUGGCACCCGCUCAACCCACAAUCGCCCAAUGAAUAUUUAAUUGAACCGAUUCCUUUGCCGAGCCGGCGAAUCAAUGAGCGAACUUCAUUGCCGCAUCGGAAAAGUCAUGAUAGUAUUUCUGUUGACAUUAUCGCAAUAGUCGGAAAAGUUUGCUCGUAAAAUGCCGAUCGGUUAAAAUUUUUAAACCAAUAUGAACUUUCUGCGAUACGAUUUGUGUUGUAAAGUUUUUUUCAUAGUUUUCGCAAUUAGCAGUCCCAUCUUGGCGGCUGACGAGUCCCUAUUUCCGCGGUUCGUGGAGCCGGUGCCGAAUGUUACGGUCACUGUGGGACGCGACGCGCUGCUCGCCUGCGUGGUGGAGGACCUUAGAGGAUAUAAGGUAGCUUGGGUGCGAGUGGAUACCCAGACAAUACUGAGCAUUCACCACAACAUCAUAACGCAGAACCCGCGCAUCAGUCUGUCGUACAACGACCACCGCUCGUGGUACCUGCACAUCAAGAACGUGCAAGAGGUCGACCGCGGCUGGUACAUGUGCCAGGUGAACACUGACCCCAUGCGCUCCAGGAAGGGCUAUUUACAAGUUGUAGUGCCACCAAUGAUCAUUGACAACAUGACGUCCACGGACAUGGUGGUACGUGAGGGGACAAAUGUCACGAUGGUAUGCCGGGCCACCGGCUAUCCGGAACCGUACGUCAUGUGGCGACGGGAAGACGGCCAAGAAUUCAACUGUAAUGGCGAGUCAGUGAACGUGGUUGAUGGAGAAAACUUAACGAUAUCAAAAGUGUCACGUCUUCACAUGGGUGCUUAUUUAUGUAUAGCAUCGAACGGCGUCCCACCAUCCAUCAGCAAACGAGUAGUUCUCAUGGUUCAAUUCCCACCGAUGCUAUCGAUCCCAAAUCAGUUGGAAGCUGCGUAUGUAGGACAAGACGUAACGUUGGAGUGUCACACUGAAGCCUAUCCAUCGUCUAUCAACUAUUGGACCACGGACAGAGGCGACAUGAUCAUAUCAGGAAACAAAUAUAUCACAUCGCUCAACGAUGACGGUUACAGCCGUAAGAUGAAUCUUAUCAUUCGAAAAGUAUCUUCUAAAGAUUUCUCAUCGUACCGCUGUGUCGCCAAGAAUUCCCUCGGAGAGACGGACGGCCUUAUACGACUUGACGAAAUACCAGCUCCGUCAACUAUCAGUACAACAAUCAACUACGUACCCACAUUUCCACAAAAGAAAAAAGGUAAACAUAGAAAUCGUUGGCGAGAUAGUUCAGCUGAAAACAGAGUCAUCGGGGACUACGAGGUCGAGGAAUGGAAAGAUAUUGAUUACGAUUCAACGCAGUCCUCGAGUAGCGGAGCCGUCCAAGAACAUUAUAUUCUCAUCACGUUAAUCUUAGCAAUUAUUAGCUGACAUAAAACGUAUAUAUCAACAUUAUAGUGCCAAUGACUCUCAACUAAUUAACACCUUUCACUAAUAAAUAAUAUAAGAACAGUGAUACGAAGCUUUGUGUCAUAGCAUUGUAUAAAAUAUAGAAUACCUUAGAAUGUAAAAGGACGUUUGAAAUAUCUCGUACCUUCGUUAUUCUUUUGUGUUAAAAUUCCGGAAUAGUGAAGUCUGACAACGCAAUAUGAGCAAAAUGGUUUGGAGAGAUCUCGUGCAAAAAUAGUCGAAAACUGCACACGAUUGGAUCCUGGUUGUAAACCUAUUGCGGCUCCAUUGUAACAUUCGUUAGUCAUAACUCCAGUCGUAGUAUUUUUCUGUAAGUGCAGUUGACACUCUUGUGACUUUGUUCAAUUUGUUGAAGUUUUAGAUUGUUUUAAAGGCAGAUUGUAAAUAAUUAUUCUUAUAAAAGACUGAUAGACUCUAUGAAUAACGUGCCAUACAUCUAUCUGAUUUCAUUAUUUUGUACAAAAUAUUCCGUUGUUGCGGUUGGACUAGAUGGAUUUCUAUAGACUUAGCAAUUUAGAAGUACAUUACGUCAACAAAAAAAUCUGUAGUAAUAUAUCAAAGUUAAUAAGCAAGAUAAAUUGUUAUGCUUUUGUAUAGACUGACUAUAGAAGCUAUAAUAAAAAUAGCUCUUCAUUGUUUAUUGUCAUUUCUAAGUAUUGAUUUAUCUUUUCUGUGUAGAUAAAUCAAUAUAACCGACAACACACAUGCAGGAUAUGGACAAUUAAUUGUUUUAUUUUAUGCACAUUCAGUACCUACUUAAAACAAGAAUGACAAGUUUCAAAUGUUAAUGUACAUACUUUAAGUACCUUUACAUAAAAAAUGUAUAUACUAUUCUCGAAAUAAAGACAAUAUUACGUGCUUUUUACAUUCAUAAACAGAUUUUGUAUAAACAUAGCUUAACUUCAAUUGCUAAAUUAUUAAUAGUAACAUAAAUUCAAUUAUUAUGUAACAAAAAUAAGAAUUACGUAAUAUCCUAAUAUCUUCAAUAUUUUUUUACGAAUCUGUUAAGCUGUUAGUUCAAAAUAAAAAGAGUAUGAGAAUCACUUUAGACUAAGAGAUGCUGGAACAUUCAAAGGAUGCAAUCUGAAAACUUGGUUCUGAAUGAGGGUCUGGAUCCUCUGCUGGCUGAAGAAGCAACGAUCACCUGUGCGGUUAUAUUACGUGAAUUUGUUAACCCAUAUCAAUAGAGGAUUUAUUUUUAACAUUUGUAACAUAAAAUUAUUGAAAUUCAGUCUCAAAUGUGACAUUAGUCAAAUUAUUAGAUCUUUAAAAAUAACAUCGAUAACUCCAAACAAAAAAAAAUAGAUAAGUUGCUAUUGUUGAAAAAAUAAGUAGUUAUGUACAUACUUCACUGGUUAUCUUAAUUAUUAUAUAACUAUAUGAAAGUACUUUACUUUAAUUUACGGUUUCCAACCGAAAAUUACUUUAUUUAAAAGUGUAUGUUUUCAUUUAAUCCAAACAGUAUUUAAUUAAAUUUAUAAAUAGUAUUUAUUAUUAUGUGUAAUCUUGUUCUUAAAAGGCCACCUAAGUUUCCUUUAGUUUGGAGUUGGAGUUGUCGACGUUUCUCUGUAAAUGUAACAUAUCUCUAGAAAAUAUAAUUUAAGAAUUAAUUAUAUAUAAUGCCUAUGUAGAUAACGUUACCUU